UUUUGUCCUCCGGUGAGUUUCUCACUUUUUCCUUGCCUGAUUUCUCCCAGUGACGGCAGUGAAGACUGAAGAAGAAGAUGCUGUGGGUAGACAAGUACCGACCCAAAACCCUAGACCAGGCAAUUGUCCACCAAGACAUCGCCCAAAACCUCAAGAAACUCGUUGCAGAGCAGGAUUGCCCCCAUUUGCUCUUUUAUGGCCCUUCCGGCUCCGGCAAGAAAACCCUCAUCAUCGCCCUCCUCCGUCAGGUUUUCGGUCCCAGCGCCGAUAAGGUGAAAGUGGAAAAUAGGGCAUGGAAAGUUGAUGCUGGGAGCAGAACCAUUGAUAUAGAGCUGACUACAUUGUCAAGCACAAACCAUAUUGAAUUGAACCCCAGUGAUGCAGGCUUUCAGGAUAGAUAUAUUGUCCAAGAGAUAAUUAAAGAAAUGGCUAAAAAUAGGCCCAUUGACACAAAAGGGAAAAAAGGAUAUAAAAUCUUAGUGCUGAAUGAAGUUGACAAGCUUUCAAGAGAAGCGCAGCAUUCUCUUCGAAGAACUAUGGAGAAAUAUAGUGCUUAUUGCCGGCUAAUACUAUGCUGUAACAGUUCUUCAAAGGUUACUGAAGCAAUCCGGUCUCGGUGUCUAAAUGUGCGAAUAAAUGCACCAACAGAAGACCAGAUUGUUAAGGUAUUGGAGUUCAUUGGAAAGAAGGAAGUGCUGCAACUUCCUUCUGGAUUCACUGCUCGUAUAGCUGAAAAAUCAAAUAGGAGCUUAAGGAGAGCUAUAUUGUCCUUAGAAACUUGUCGUGUCCAACAGUAUCCCUUUACAAGUAACCAAUCGAUACCCCCAAUGGACUGGGAGGAAUAUGUUUCUGAAAUCGCCUCUGAUAUAAUGAAGGAGCAGAGCCCAAAAAGGCUUUAUCAGGUGCGGCAGAAGCUGUAUGAGCUACUUCUAAAUUGUAUUCCUCCAGAGAUCAUCUUGAAGAGGCUGCUUUAUGAGUUAUUGAAGAAAUUGGAUGCAGAACUGAAGCAUGAGGUCUGCCAUUGGGCUGCAUAUUACGAACACAGGAUGCGUCUUGGGCAGAAAGCAAUAUUUCACCUGGAAGCAUUCGUGGCGAAGUUCAUGAGCAUCUAUAAGGCUUUCCUCAUUGAAGCGUUUGGCUGAACUCUGCACUAGCAUGGUUUCCCGUCGACCUGAAAUGUAUUUUUUUCUACUUGAUGGCAAUGAAUUGUACUCAGAGUUCGGUGUUUAUCGUGUCAGUAGAUGUUAUGAACGACGUGCAUUGUCAGCAUCGUGUCAGUAGAGGUCGCACUUGGUGCGAUGGCAAGUGCCUUCGUCCAUGAGCGGUAGGUCUCGGGUUCGAGACUUGGGAGCAGCCUCUCUAUAAAUGGGGGUAAGGCUAGCCGACAUUCACCUCUCCCAGACCCUGCGUAAAGCGGGAGCCUUGUGCACUGGGUACGACCUUUUCUCACUUAGUUUGUAGAAUGGUUAGCAUUAGACAACCUCUGGCAUCCUCCUACUCAGAAAACUUUUAGCUUUGUUUAUGCUGCAUUUUCCCGAAAGAUUGUAUUUGUAUUAGAGAAAACAUUAUUUUCCUAAUUAGGUUUUAUUUAAAUUGUUUGUUAUUAUAU